AUGACAAUAAGUCAUUCGAAGGAUGGUUAUCCUGUCAUUGGUUUCAAUGAGACUCAUAAUCAUAUGAUUGUGACCCCUACCAAAUCACACAUGUUGAGAUCACAAAGAAUGAUUAGUGACAUACAAGGUUUUCAAGCUAAAAUGGCAAAUGAUGCGGGAAUAGCUCUAAAAGCAGUUAUGGAGCUAAUGGCAAGGGAAGCUGGUGGUCGUGAAAAUGUUGGGUUCACUUCUGUAGAUUUAAAAAAUUAUUUGCAUUCAUACCAAACUAGGAAUAUGGAGAAGGGGGAGGCAUGUGGUAUUUUGCAAUAUUUUGAAGACAAGCAAUUACAGAAUCCAUCAUUUGUCUAUACAAUACAACUUGACCAAGUUGAGCUAGUUACAAAUUUAUUUUGGGCAGAUGCACAAAUGAUAGUGGAUUAUGCUCAUUUUGGUGAUGUGGUAAGUUUUGACACUACAUAUAGAACAAACAAGGAGAACAGAUCACUUGUAAUUUUCGUGGGAGUGAAUAAUUAUAGGCAGGCAAUAAUUUUUGGUGUUGCAUUAUUAUAUGAUGAAACUACAGCUUCAUUUGAAUGGUUAUUUGAGGUGUUUCUUAAAACAAUGGGUGGAAAACCACCGCAGACAAUUCUCACCGAUGAUGAUGUAGCUAUGGCAAAAGCAAUUAGUUUGGUGCUACCUCAAUCACAUCAUCAGUUAUGUGUUUGGCACAUGUUCCAGAGUGUUUCAAAACACCUUAGCGGUGUAUUUGAGAAGUUCAAAUCAUUUUCGCAAGACUUUAGAGAUUGUGUGUAUGAUUAUGAUGAUGUUGAUGAAUUUGAAAAUGCAUGGAAGAACAUGAUUGAUAAAUACACACUUCAAGAGAAUGAAUGGUUAUAA